CUGAGCUUCUAGCACCACCCCCUCUCCUGUUCCAAGUAAACAAUACGGAAGUUGCCCAGAACUCUGCCUAUCAACAAGAAAGACGACAGAAAGGGUGAAGUCUUCCUGAACGAGACAUUAGCGAUGAUGGGGCCACUCAGCAAGGCGGACUGAGGGGGAUCUGGCUAGAUGUUUUUCCAUUCUAGUUUGCUUUCUUUUCACCAUUUUUGCUCUUUCAUGAGCACCUGCAUUUCAGAGGAGCACCGUCAUUUCAGAGGCGCACCAUCAUUUCAGAGGAGCAUCAUCAUUUCAGAGGAGCACCAUCAUCAGAAUGACUGUCUCUUUCAACCUUUGUGUCAUCAACAUUUUGUUUGUAACUGCCUACAGCAGCCUGGAGCUGGUCUCCAGUACUGCUCAUUGUGGACGAUCUCCCCAAGUCCUGGAGGCUGCGAGAGGAGAGAUCAGAAGCUUUGUGCACCGCAGCUCGUCCUACCGCCCUCGGCCCUUCUACUGUAGUUGGAUUAUCAAGGCACAUGUAGGAGAGCCUGUUAUUCUCAGUUUCUCCCAGUUUUCCACACGGUGUAAGAAGGAAUGGGUCUCGGUGACGUCAUCGACUGGCAAGCCCAUUACCCUCUGUGGAUCCGACCUGCCGAAACCCAUGGAGUUGAUGGGGGGAAACAUUACAGUGACGCACCACUUCCUGCCACACUUAUUCCCUGUGUCUGCGUUCCGCCUGGGCUAUGUCAGAGACUCCGGGGACUGUACGGGUGUGGACUUUGAGUGUUUGGGUGGGCGCUGCCUGCCCCUGUCGUGGCGUUGUAACGGCCGGGUGGAGUGCCUGGGUGAAGGGGUGGGCCUGGGCAUAGACGAGCAAGACUGUGAUGGAGAGAUGAAGAUCCUGAAUCUGGAUCCUGAGCAUGGCAAAACAGUGGUGGCCACCGCCACACCAGAGUCCUACAGGGCACGGGAGACCGGAAGAGAGAAGAACGGGGGGAGUAACAGCAGAGGGAGGGAUUGGGAAACAGUAGGGAAGGCACCGGAAGAGCUGGAGAAAGAGGAGGAGGAGACAGAGAAGCAAGUAGACGAGAAUGGGGACCACACCAAGGAAAAGGAGCCAACCAAUCCUAUAUAUGACUUCUGGCAGUUCCAGGCUCACAGAGCCCACCCCAGUGUGACCCGGGCCCCUGUUGAGUGGCCCUGCGGGGGCCUCCUCCAGGCCUUCUAUGGGACGUUCACCCCUCCUUCCAUCAGGGGCCCCUCUCUGUUCUGUGUGUGGACCCUGGACCCCCAGGAGUCUAGGCCUCUGAAGCUGGACCUGCGGCUGCUGGAGCUGGGGCCUGGAGACACGGUCACCAUCACUGACAGACAGCAGGGCACCGGGGAACUCCUCAAAACUAUCACCAGCGCGUCCAAUUACAAGGCCAUCCAGGUCGAGUCCCGGACCGGCCUCCUCUCCCUGACCUAUCGUACGCUCCCCGGCUCUGAGGGGCUGGGCUUCAACGCCACCUACCGUGUCGGGGGCUACUGCCCCCCCUGGGAAGGUAAAUGUGGGGGUGCCGAGGGGGGCUGCUACACCCAGGAACAGAAGUGUGACGGGCACUGGGACUGUCCCGAGACGGGACAUGACGAAGCAGGGUGCAGGGGAUGUCCCCGGGACCAGUUUGCCUGUGGAGUGGCUGGGCAGAGGGCACUGCUGGCGGGGCAUAGCUUCCUAGGGCGUCCGGUGUGUUUCCCUGCCAAGGAGAGGUGUAACUACCAGCUGUACUGUUCUGAUGGGAGUGAUGAGAGCGACUGUUCUAUAUGUCAACCUGGGACCUUCCACUGCGACAGUGACAGGUGUGUUUUUGAGAGCUGGCGCUGUGAUGGCCAGCUGGACUGCAAGGACGGGACAGACGAGCUGAACUGCACCGUGACCCUACCUCCCAAGGUCGUCACCUGCGGGGGCCUCCUCCAGACCUUCUAUGGGACGUUCGCCCCUCCUUCCAUCAGGGGCCCCCCUCUGUUCUGUGUGUGGACCCUGGACCCCCAGGACUCUAGGCCUCUGAAGCUGGACCUGCGGCUGCUGGAGCUGGGGCCUGGAGACACGGUCACCAUCACUGACAGACAGCAGGGCACCGGGGAACUCCUCAAAACUAUCACUAAUGCGUCCAAUUACAAGACCAUCCAGGUCGAGUCCCGGACCGGCCUCCUCUCCCUGACCUAUCGUACGCUCCCCGGCUCUGAGGGGCUGGGCUUCAACGCCACCUACCGUGUCGGGGGCUAUUGCCCCCCCUGGGAAGGUAAAUGUGGGGGUGCCGCGGGGGGCUGCUACACCCAGGAACAGAAGUGUGACGGGCACUGGGACUGUCCCGAGACGGGACAUGACGAAGCAGGGUGCAGGGGAUGUCCCCGGGACCAGUUUGCCUGUGGAGUGGCUGGGCAGAGGGCACUGCUGGCGGGGCAUAGCUUCCUAGGGCGUCCGGUGUGUUUCCCUGCCAAGGAGAGGUGUAACUACCAGCUGUACUGUUCUGAUGGGAGUGAUGAGAGAGACUGUUCUAUAUGUCAACCUGGGACCUUCCACUGCGACAGUGACAGGUGUGUGUUUGAGAGCUGGCGCUGUGACGGCCAGGUGGACUGCAAGGACGGGACAGACGAGCUGAACUGUUCCGUGACCCUGCCUCGGAAGGUCAUCACCGCGGCAACCGUUGGCAGCUUGGUCUGUGGGCUGUUGCUGGUCAUCGCUAUGGGCUGCACCUGCAAGCUUUACUCACUGCGCACCCGAGAAUACAGUAUGUUUGCUCCAAUCAGCCGCCAAGAGGCGGCGCUGAUCCAGCAGCAGGCUCCUCCCUCCUACGGUCAGCUGAUUGCCCAGGGCAUCAUCCCUCCAGUGGAGGACUUCCCCACAGAGAACCCCAACGAGUCUUCCUCUCUUACUCUGAGAGGUAUCCUCCAGCUCCUCAGACAGGACACCGCCAACUCUCCACGUCGCCGUCGCCGGCCCCGAUUCGUCCGCCGGGCUGUCCGUCGCAUGCGGAGGUGGGGCUUAAUCCCUAGAACCGCCUCCAGGCCCUCCCAGCCUUCCAGUUCCGCCCCCCAGCAGACAGAUCCCACCUCUACUGGUGCAGAGCCCAGUCAAUCAACUCCCGCAACUUCCUCAUUGGCUGUGGAAGCCGUCAAUCUGCCGUUGCCACAGAAACUAGGCUUGCUCCCUCAGACGGUGCAGCACCCACCACCGCCGCCUCCCGCCUCCCUUCCUCCACCCCUCGUCUCUAUCCCAGCCACCCCCCAGAUCUUCCCUGUGGCUGCCCCUCCCACCCCCAGUAGCCCCUCCCUGGCCUCGCUCUUCCACUCUCUGGGGCGCGGUAUCUCUCGCUUCCGCGCCUCACCGUUCUCCUCCUCCUCCCCCACCAACUCCCUGCCCCUCUCCGCAUCCCCCUCUUUCUCCUCUUCGGAGGAUGAGGUGCUGCUUAUCCCCCUCUCGGAGGACAUGACCUCGGAGGAUGACGUCCCCCUGCUAACCCUUGAUCCCUGACCUUAUCCAAACCCCACCGCCAUCCCCCUCCCUGAAUGAUGUGCACAGUGCUCGCGCACAGGAGCACUGCAAGGCUCUCCCCGUCUCUGUGCUGAUGUAGUGCCUUUUGAAUUACAUUGGGUUGGUUUUGACUGACUGUAGAAAUCUCGUAUUCAAUGCAUUUAUGUUAUUGAGUGUGGGACCUCCUUGAGAAAGUGUAUACGUGUGCCUGCCUCUGCGUGCGUGUAGUCAUGAAUGUGUGUAGUCUGAACGUGGUGAACUUUGCACAGAGAAUCUUCCUCCCACAUCCUCAUGCUCUAAUAUAUCAGCUACUGUCAAAUGAGUGAUUUUGUUUUUAACACAUGAAAGAGCUUGUCUUUAUGUGACUCGUAUGUGUGACUACGUCAUGUGUGUUUUAGUAUUUAUGAGGGUGUAGGGCAGCAGUGUAAGGGUAUGGAAGAUGUUCUAAUAUCAUAAGUUAUAUACACCCCCCCCCCCCGUUUAAGUGCCUUGUUUAGAAGCUUCCUGCAUAUGAUGAAUUUGAAUGAUUACACACACGUACUGCAUGCAUACUGUCACAAAUACGCUAUAUAUACAAAAGUAUGUGGACACCCCUUCAAAUCUGUGGGCUCUGCUAUUUCAGCCACACCCGUUGCUUACCGGUGUAUAAAAUCGAGCACACAGCCAUGCAGUCUCCAGUAGAAUGGUCCUACUGAAGAACUCAGUGACUUUCAACGUGGCACCGUCAUAGGAUGCCACCUUUCCAACAAGUCAGUUCUUCAAAUGUCUGCCCUGCUGGAGCUGCACCAGUCAACUGUAAGUGCUGUUAAUGUGAAGUGGAAACGUCUAGGAGCUUCAGCUGUGAAGUGGUAGGCCAGACCGAGUGCUGAAGCGCGUAGCGCGUGAUAAUCGAUUGCAACACUCACUACCGAGUUCCAAACUGCCUCUGGAAGCAAUGUCAGU